AUGGCGCUGGAAGUACAGCCGCCCGACGGUCGCAAACGAGUAAAGGUUUACGAACUGAGAGAUAAUGACUGGUUCGAUCGAGGAACUGGUUUCUGUACGGGUCAAAUCUGCGAGGAGGAGCCCCGUAUAUUUGUCGAAUCGGAAGACCUGCCAAAUCGCAUGUUACUUGAAACGCGAAUCACCAAGGACGAUGGCUAUCAAAAACAGCAAGAAACUUUGAUAGUAUGGACGGAGCGGAAUGGCACGGAUAUGGCCCUGAGUUUUCAAGAGGCUGAAGGCUGCGCCGUGAUUUGGGACUUUGUCAAUACCGUCCAACAACAUCUUCUCAGUCUCGCUUCAGUCGAUGAUGCCUUGUCCGAUGACCUCGAUCACUACCAGUCCGUCGUAUUACCGGCCCCCGAACUCGGAACCCUUCCCGAAAUUGAACAGAUUGUGCGAAAUGCAAGCAUGACCCAGGUUGGCCGGGAUUCGCUGUCCAAGCUUAUCAUUCGCGACGAUUACAUUGCCAAAUUGGUACCGCUAGUGUCAAUGGCGGAAGAUCUGGAGAGCCUGAUCGACCUACAUCGCUUGUGCAACAUCAUGAAGUCUCUCAUUUUGCUGAACGACAACACUAUCAUCGAAACCGUUGUUUCGGAUCAUGUCAUCCUCGGUGUGGUUGGGGCUCUAGAAUAUGACCCUGAAUUCCCCACGCAUAAAGCAAAUCACCGACAAUAUCUUGCAGACAAAUCGCGUUAUAAGGAGGUCGUCCCGAUCAAGGAUGCGCUCAUUCGCCGCAAGAUUCGAAGUACAUGGAGGCUACAAUACUUGAAGGACGUGGUGUUGGCUCGGAUUCUGGACGACCCGACGUUCUCUGUGCUCAAUUCUCUGAUAUUCUUCAAUCAGAUGGAGAUUGUGAACCACAUCCAAGCCAAUGGACCAUUCCUGCGAGAGCUAUUUUCUGUUUUCGAUCCCAGGAAUUUGGACCAGAAACGCAAGGAUGAUGCUGUCCAAUUCCUUCACCAAUGCGCCGGAAUUGCGAAGAACCUACAGGUACCGUCGCGGACUCAAUUGUUCGCCAACUUUAUUAGCCAUGGCUUGUUCGCCGUGAUUGCCUUUGCUGUCAAGCACGUGAACCCAGCCAUGCGCACGACUGGCAUUGAUAUCUUGGUGGCUCUGCUGGAUCACGACCCAGUCAUGAUGAGAAGUUACAUGCUCAAGGCAGUCAACGAGAAAAAGACACCACUCACAGACACCUUGAUCGACCUGCUUCAUGUCGAGACCGAUCUUGGCGUCAAAAACCAGCUUGCCGAUGCUAUCAAAGUUCUGCUUGAUCCCCAGAUACCCAUGCAGGACCCGCUUGGUCGGGCUGGACCCGAUUACUUCAAACUUCGCACCAACAGCCUUCUAUCCGAUGCAUUCGUUCAGCAACAUUUUGAUGAGUCCUCCAAACGGCUAUUCCAACCGCUUAAACAGCUUGCCAAUCGCGCAACCCUUAAUGACUUGACAUUCCAAGAGGUCACCCUCUACACGCAUCUUGUUGAUAUACUCACCUUCUUCGUCCGCCAGCACCUUUUCCGCACACGCAACUCUAUUCAGAGUGAAUCUCUCGCUCCUCGCGUUGCACAGCUCCUGCGAGUGCCACAGAAACAUCUAAAACUUGCCGCCCUCAAAUUCUUCCGUACCUUGAUCAGCCUCCAAGAUACCUUCUAUCAAGCUCUCAUGACACAUAAUAACACGUUCGAGUUGAUUCUCGAUAUCGUCUACGAGACAAUGCCUCGUGACAACCUGCUCAACUCGGCCUGUCUUGAACUUUUCGAAUUCAUUAAGCGUGAAAACAUCAAGCCUUUCAUCCUUCACGUUGUCGAGAAAUAUCGCGAGAAGCUCGAAAAUAUCGUCUAUGUGGAUACCUUCCAGAGCUUGAUUCUACGAUAUGACCAGAUGCAGGGGUACGGGGCCGAGGUCGACUCAACACUGUUCGGCCAUGAUGAACCGACCGACCCAGCCAGCCCUCCACGGAAAAUGUACAUCAGUGGACAGCGCUGGCAGGGUGCGCGAGAGUUGGACCCCGCGGAAGAAGAUUACUUCAACACGUCGGACGAUGAGGACGAGAUCAAGUGGGCGCAGAAUGACGGACCUUCAAAUGGAUCCGCAUCUCCGGCCAUCAAACCUUUGGUUGACUACCCGGAUGAUGACGAUGAGGACAUCAUGGACACGAAAGCCGAAGGCGCAGACCAACCGCCAAUGGCUAGUCAAACGGAGACUCCUGAUGAUGUUCCCGCAUCAAUACUUACACAAAGUCCUCCCGAGCGACUUUCAGAGAAGCGUCGCCGUGAGGAGGAAGACGACGAUGAGCUUAUCAAGCUUACCGCGGGACCUAAGAGAAGAAGCUCAACCAGCAGCAACUCCAGUUCCAGUCUUAUGAAUCGGAGAAGCUCUGCAAACAAGAAUGCAUCACCUGACGUCAAGAACAACGUCACAAGUGUUGCCCCGAAAAGAAUUGCGAUCAACUUCGGAUCAACAGCCAGGCAGCCUUCAGACGAUGACACCACUAGCAUGGAGACAACGAGCGAGAGUAGCGAGGAGAGUCGCGAUAAGAGCCAGGGCAACGAGGGUGGUUGA